AAAAUUUGUUGAGAAAGAAAGUUUCGGGUUCACGGAUGCAACAAAAGAAAGGCAAUUUUGUAUUUUUACGAAUUCUUUUUAAAUUUAAGAUAUUUUAAUAAAUAAUACCGUAACUCUCUCACAAAAAAACGUUUCGGUUUGGCGUAAAGCUAGGUUUCAACAGUGUUUGUGUGCGAGUUGGGAAUUUUAUGGAUUAUGUUUAUUGUGGCGCCGAACCGCCAGAGGACAUUUUAAAUGUCUACGAUGGCGGCGGCCAACGCACCACGGGGCACUUUUCGCCAAAUUUUAACGGUUUCAAUAUUAGUUCCGGGGAUCCAGGCUACAUGGAACUGGUUCCCAUUUUGGCAGAUGGCGGCGAGAAUUUCGGUGUUUCGGCACUAGCAUUUGAUGAUUACGAGGAGUUGCUCUGGAUGGGCAAUCAGGGAGGCCACGUCACCUCGUACUACAGCAGCACACUGCAAAAGUACACCUCUUUUCAAGUGCAUGCCAGCGAUAUAGUUCGUCAAAUCAUCACCAUCGAUUCUGGCAUUUUGGUACUGACGCAAACAUCAUUAAGACAUCAGAUACGUCGAGGCAUACCGAAGUUUACGCAUCGCUCGAAGAGUAUGACGGAAAUGGUGUGCAUGCAACAACUGGCACCACAUCGUUUAAUAAUGGCAGGCCUGCAAGAUGAAAUGAUUGAGUUUGAUUUGCGCACACUAAAAGAAAUGAAAGUGGAGCAUGUCGGCUCCACAGGUUGUACAGUGCUGCGCAAAAAUUCACGUUUUCUUUUCGCCGGUGAUCCAUUUGGUAUGGUGACAUUGCGAGAUCUAAAUUCACUUCAUGUAGAGCACACUAUCAAGACUCACACUGGCAGCUUAUCCGAUUUCGAUGUACAAGGCAACUAUCUCAUCUCAUGUGGCUAUAGUGGCAGACAAGGCACAUUAGCCGCCGAUCGUUUCCUCAUGGUGUAUGAUCUACGUAUGUUGCGAUCGAUAUCACCUAUACAAGUGCUAAUCGAUCCGCAGCUUUUAAAAUUUUUACCAUCGCAAACUUCACGUUUGGCUGUGGUAUCCAGCUAUGGACAAGUACAAUUAGUCGACACAGUUGAGUUGAGCGAACCACGCGUAUCAAUGUACCAAAUCAAUACGACAGGUAGCCAGUGUUUGAGUUUCGAUGUGUGCUCCUCGUCACAGGCAAUGGCUUUUGGUGCUCAAUCCGGUCAUAUUAGCGUUAUUGCUACUCUCAAUACACCACAACCACAAUUUAAUGCCUUCUCGAGAAAUACGGAGUUUGCUGAUCCAGUGCCGCAGUUGCCUUUCGUGCCUAUCACAGACACCUCAUUUCCGCUCUCCUCCAUUAUCUUACCACAUUUGGUGACGGGGCCGCGCUGGUUCUCCGAUUGGCCACCCGAACUGCAGCGCUACCAAUAUCGACGCCCCAAACCCAUUGAGUCAGAUGUGCUUAACAAUAUGAAAAUGCAAGGCCCAAUUGGCUAUUCGCCAAAUCCUCGUGCAGCUCGUCGCAAUCAAAUACCCUACGUAUUGGAUUCGCCAAAUAACAUGGCUUCGAACAGCAAUGGUAUGGCCAAUACGGUGAAGACGACUGAAAGUGGUGUAAAAAUCAUACCACGGCGCUAUCGUAAGGUUGAACUGAAAUAUUCGAAAUUGGGUACGCAGGACUUCGACUUCGAGCAACACAAUCAGACAUGUUUCGCUGGUUUGGAAGCUACAUUGCCCAACUCAUAUUGCAAUUCCAUGUUACAGAUUUUAUAUUUUAUUGAGCCAUUGCGUCAGAAGUUAAUUGAACACUCUUGUAAAAAGGAAUUUUGUUUGUCUUGUGAACUCGGAUUUCUCUUCAAUAUGUUGGACAAAAGCUCAGCUGCUACUCCCUGUCAAGCGAGCAAUUUUCUACGUUCAUUUCGUACAGUGCCUGAAGCUUCGGCACUGGGUCUAAUACUGUCGGAUCGUUCGUCCAAUGUUAAUUUAAUAAGUCUUAUACAGAAUUGGAAUCGUUUUAUUUUACAUCAGAUGCAUUACGAAAUGGUGGACUCAGAUAAGAAAAGUCGCUUGAAUAGCGCAACAAGCACAAGCAGUUCUGAAGAAAACUCGGCUAACAAUGAUAAACCUACUACUGUGGACCUUAGCAGCAAAGCGGGCGAAAUAUUCCAAACAAUAGAUAUGAAAAGUAACGAUGAUCGCGAGCGGAGUAAAAUCAACGAAGAAACGGAAAUUAGUCGACUAUUUGGUACUAAACAAGAUUGCAUUAAUCGUUGUUUGAAAUGCCACGAUAAGAAAACUAAACAAAGCAUAUUAUUGGCCUGUAAUCUGACUUAUCCAUUGCAAGUCAAAGAAGUUGAACAAUUUAACUUCGGUUCCAUCCUCAAAGGCUCACUAAGUACGGAAAAGCACAUACAGGCAUUUUGUGAAAGUUGUAAAAAAUUCUCACCUACCAAGCAAAGUGUUAAGGUUACUUGUCUUCCACAAAUACUGGCAAUCAACUGCGGUUUAAGCAAUGAAAAAGAUUUGGCAUUCCUUCGAAGACAAUUGAAUCGCAAUUUACACACACCAUCCGAGAGUCCAGCAAUAUUGAAUACAAACAAGCCCUGUCGUUAUGGCAUGAAUUGCUCCCGCAGCGAUUGUCAUUUUGUGCAUCCCGAUAGGAAAUCUCCUACUUCCAACUCCACAACCACCCAAACUAACUCCUCACCAAAUGGACGUCAGAGUUCCUGGUUUCCUCUGGGGUUUUCAAUGUCGAUUAGUGAACUUGGCGAGCUGAGUGUACAAACCGAGCUUAGUGACACAAAAACUGAAGAGCACAAUUCAAUGGAUAAUAAGGAAAAUCGAAAAAGCGUUAAUGAGACCAGCGAUGCGGGCAAUGGUGAAAGUGCAGCACACGAUAAGAAACAAAGUGCUAACUUGGCUUCCAACAACGAUUCAUAUCGUGAAUAUGCACUGCAUGCUGUAGUCUGCCAGAUCGACGAUGGCACCCAAAAGAACUUGGUUUCGCUAAUUAAUGUAAGUAAAAAAUAUCAUACACAGAAAAUAGCGACUAGUGGCAGCAAUGGUGAAGAACAACAACAAUGGUACAUUUUUAAUGAUUUCAGCAUUUCACCGGUCUCAAUACAAGAGUCUGUCUGGUUUACGCUAGAUUGGAAAGUGCCGUGUGUACUUUUCUAUAGCAGCAUUGGUAUGGCUAGUCCAGCGGAACCGAGUGCGUCUGCUGCAGGCACAGCUGCGAUAGAUGAUAUUCAAAAUAUCAGUACGGAAAUGGAAUUACCCCAUCAUAAUCCAUUCAUACAAGAUAUAACAAAUCCUGUUCAGCUAGCGCCAGCGCCAGCGCCAAGCAACAUGGGCGAUGUAUUAUUUAAGCCAUUGCAAUCGAAUGAAAUGCCACAGGCAGGUGAUUUGGUCGCUAUGGAUGCUGAAUUUGUCACAUUAAAUCCCGAAGAGAACGAAAUACGUCCGGAUGGCAAAACAGCAACCAUAAAACCAUGUCACAUGAGUGUGGCGCGUAUUUCAUGCAUACGCGGUCAAGGUCCUGAUGAGGGUGUACCCUUCAUGGAUGAUUACAUAUCAACGCAGGAGAAAGUUGUCGAUUAUCUGACACAAUUUUCUGGCAUAAAACCGGGCGAUUUGGAUGCGAACUUUAGCAGUAAACGACUGACAGCGCUCAAAAAUUCAUAUCAAAAGUUAAAGUAUUUAGUGGAUAUUGGGGUUAUUUUUGUUGGACAUGGAUUGAAGAACGAUUUCAGGGUAAUAAAUAUCUAUGUGCCGUCGGAGCAGAUAAUCGAUACUGUACAUUUAUUCCAUCUACCGCAUCAUCGCAUGGUAUCGCUGAGAUUUCUUGCUUGGCACUUUCUGGGUACAAAGAUCCAAUCGGAAACACACGACUCCGUGGAAGAUGCGCGCACCACAUUGCUACUGUAUAAGUAUUACCUGAAAUUAACGGCGGAGAAGAAAUUCACCAGCGCGCUCAAAAAUCUGUACGAUCGUGGUAAGCAGCUGCAAUGGAAAGUGCCUGAGACAGAUUGAAUAUAAGCGGAAGAGCGUGCGUUCUUGGCGCGUCUGAUGAAAUGGAUGAAUGCGUGGAUGAACUGACUGUAAUGAUAAUAAUGUAAUGAGAAAGCUUCAUAGAAGUAGUGUGUGACAUGUGGGGAAUUUUGAUUAUAAUGCAGAAGUGUAGAACACUAGAUUCCUCCCAACACUAGUUGCAAGUGAAAUGCACAAACACACAAACCUUAACUAGAAACGUACACACACGCCGCAAUAUUUAAACAUACAAAGAAAUCACCCAUGCAUUAAGAUUAUAGCGGAAAAAAGUACAAAAACGACACCGAACCGUGAGAAACAACAAAUGCAAAAGAAAAAAAUUAAAACAAAAAACAAAAAAAAAAAACACUACUUUGUUAUUCCAUUUUUUAAACUAAAAGAAAUGAUCUUACAAAAAGAAAGCAAAACAAAAUGCAAACAAUUAACGUGAAAGGAAGAAUUUUAAAUGAUGAGCAACACUAUUUUGUCAUACAUACUUACAUAUGUUUGCUUUUAAACAAAACUAUAUACACUACAAGGAAAAUCCAAAUGGAAAAUAUUGUAAAACAAUUUUAAAACUUUUUGUUUUCUCUUCUAAUAUUCGAUUGUACAGCCCAAAAUUACAGUAAAAAAAGAAAACUAGAAGCAUAACAAUCAUACCUUUGUCCAUUUUCAAACUCAACAUACAUAGAAAUGUCUUCAAUUGUACACUCAAAACAAUCAGAUUAUUAUGACAUCGACGACCACAAAAGCAGACAACAACACUUAUUUUUAAAAUUUCCAUCAAUAUUUAUUUUUAUUAUAAAAAAAGAGAGAAAAUAAGAAGAUAUCGAAAGGAAAAAAAUCAAAUUAUAUUUUUGAAAAGUUAAAUAAAAUCUUUUUAUAUAUAUAUUGCAACAA